AUGCCACUUAGCAAAUCAAGGCCAUCUCCAGGGCCAUCGGCCAUAAAAAGUUUCAGCGACAUCAACAACAAGUCAGACGCCAAAGAGGACAAAUCACGGUUGCAAUUGGCCGAGGAUGGUAAAGAUACGACAACAAGGAAACGACAGCAUGAGCGGCAACGAUCUACCGCAGCCAGAACUCCAACUACAACCACCAGGAUAGAACCGGCCAAAUCCCCAACUGAUGUAACGGGAUUCCGGAGCAGGAAUCAUGAGAACGAUGUUGUUGCUGAAUCAAGCGCCAUUGGUGCAUCUCCGGUUCCGUCUCCCACUUCAUCAACGGCAAGUCGAUUUACCCGGCCAGAUUAUCUACUCCAGGACUUGAUUACACGGGCAAAAAAGCGUGUAAAGGAUCGCAGAGCAAGGGGCGAGGAAGAUACCGCCACCGCUACAACCUCAACUGCCAUCUCCCCGCAUUCUCCUCCGCCACGCGCCGCUCCCCCCGACCGAGGCUUCCGCCGCAAGGGCCCACCCCCAGCUACUACAAGCAGAUCCCAAGGGACUACCACUAAGACGCCUUCAUCGUCACAGUCGCCGUCACACUCACCACGGGCUCUUACUUCCCCGCGUUCACCUCCGGACCAGAACAAGCCUCUUCCUCCUCCCCCGAACCCGGGCACGCUAUCCGCAAAGGAAAAUGCUACUUCUCCUCCGCCCAACCCCGUCUUGAAACUGAACAGAAUCAUGUCUACCCUCACCGAGACCGAGAUCGAGAAGCUCUUUUCCGGUGCUCCCCAGUACUUUGCCCGCAGCGAAGGGCAUUGUUCUGGCGCCCCCAAUCCCAGUGUCGCAUUCCCCUUUGACGAGGCGUUGGAGAUUCGCGAUCUCACUGACCAUGUGCAAAUUGAAGAUCGAGCAUGGAGUGGUCUCACAGCAUGCCCUCACCUGACUCGCGAUCUCAAUCAGGAUGCCGCUGCCCGGGCGAAGGCUGUCGAUAACCGCAAGGCCCAUUUCUUCAUCCGAUGUCGGGAACGUCCCAACAUGUUGAGCAUGCAAGGCUUGGAGAAGGGUACCAUGGGUUUCUCAGCCGCCCUCGAGAUCGCUGUAGGAGACGCUCUGGAAGAAGAACAAUUUGGCUUUGACAGUGUUGGCAAGAAGGCACAUGCCAUUGUUGAGGCACGCGAACGCAUGCUCUCCCCUCUGGGUUACUUGCGUCGUCUUCCCGAGGCAGAGCUUCUGGAUCGUCUCAAACGAAACGCCGAACUAUACAGGGUCAAUGAUCUUCGUCAGAAGACUUCAAUCCAAACGUACCAGGACCUGUUUCAUACUUUUAUGCGGCCAUCCAAUGCAGUUGUCGAUAAGCGCGACCACUAUAGUUUGACUAACCAGAUAAAUGCCCUGAUCAAGUGUCUUGGUACCGCCAACGUUUGGUUUGAUUUCACCCACGUAGAGUGGAGGAUCAGAUUAGGUCAAAUUCUCUGGGGAGGAGAAGAUAACGACGAGCUCGAGGAUACUUCUUCCAUUCACGACACCAGUAAUGCCAGUGAGCGGGCUGAAGAGAAGUACUGGCUUCUCAUGCAAAUUCUCGUGGCCACUGAGUUACUUAUUCGGUUAGAUGCCAUAACCGAAGGCGAGGAAUAUGGAGUUGAAGCUUUCCGACCCGUGGAUGUCGUGCACUUUGAGAGAGCUGCCACCCCCAUGGUGAAAUGGUCUCUACACCUUGCCCGCAGCUGGUUAGACAAUAUUGAGAUUGAAAAGAUCAAGGAACCUACUCCAAGCAUUACCCCCAAAACGGAUGGAACGGCUACGCCUCCUCCAGCAACAGGAUGGCUUGGCUCGCUCUUUAGCAAAUUUACCUUCCGUCAGCAUCAUGAAGAUAAGACAUCACCCACUCACAGCUAUACUAUUAAAGGCCGGAAUCCACAACAGCAGGUGGAUGGGCUCACUCACUUUGCCAAAAAGUUACUUUGGCCCAACAUCGAUACAUACGAAGGACUCAUCGCGCACAAUGCCCGGAAGUCAAUUAUUAACUCUGGGCCGCCUCCCGCUCCCACGGCUACGUCCAAAAACACCGCCAAAACCUCUUCUGAGACCAAUGGAUCCAGGAGGUCACUAUACUUUGGGGCAUGGGAUCACCCGGAAGGCCAGAAAGACAAGUCUCGACCUCAGCGACGAAAACUUGCUGCGGCGCUUCAUCCCUCUGGGUGGCUCUCUAAAUCUUAUAUCUACGGCUUGAUGCUCCCUGGAGACGGCGUUUGUCAUUUUCUCAUGGCUACGCUACUUGAGAACGAUAGCAAGGCUAUGGAACGCUUGGGCUCGUUUGCCAAUUUGUGUGGAGGUUUUGUGUACUGUGGCAAGAGCUUCUGGAGUACAUCAUGCAUCGUGGGCCGAGUCAUCGCAGCAGGUCAAGGUUCUGCUGAGUGCAUGGGUUGGGUUUCUAGUGACAUUCUACCCCUCGGCAUAAAUGAGGGCUGGGUCAAUAUCGAGGUUGAAGAUGUGGCUGAGGACAAAGCCCACCUAGGCAAGAAGGCGAGACUCUGGGCAAAGAAGCGAGUUGAACGAGAAUCUUCCAUUCUUGGGGAUUCGGAUGAAUACUCUGUCUUCCCUGCCGACUUUAUAAUUCCUCAUGAGAACAGUUACUCAACACCGCCGCCAUUGAUCAGUGUCACCUUCAGGUCGCUAGAGCUUCUUUCUCCUACCAACUCAAUUCCGGCCACAACCUUCACCAAACCUACACAUCCUGAUAAUGUGAAUAAUAAAGACCCAGCAUUAGUGUCGUCCCCAGCCAGCGUUCACUUUGCUGUAUCGAUUGACGGUUUCACGGCUGAGAACUUCUCGUUCUCUUUGUCUUACGAUAUUGGCUUUGUUACCGCACAUCCGUGCUCACCUUCUCAUCGGGUUCGCUUUGUCAAAUCGCCAUCGAGCCCGACAAUUCAGCAAAUUGAUGUUUCUGGGUCCGACACAUUUGGGCAAGGUUCUCGUCCCGCUCACCGAACAGGGCAUCCUUUACACAAGUGGUAUAAUUAUUCUGUCAUUCAUGUCUCAGAACUUCUGAAGCGACAGCACGCUCCGCUUUCUGAGCUGCUCGCCGUCCCCCCAUCUCAUCGUCGCUCGCCUUCACGCAUGGGUAGCGAUCGCGUGCUUGUUAUCGAUUGCAUCACCAACUUGUCCGAGGUUCCUCAGUCACCCACUAUUGAGAGGCUCACCUCCAAGUAUAAUAUUGUCCAGCGACGAGGCAGCUUCCCAGCUGCCGAACAGAUGCACUUUGAGUCCAGAAAACGUCAAUUUGGUUCCGAUAUGGAGAUUUUGGUUCGCGCUCUUUGUGCUCAAAAGGGCUGGAACGCCCUCAUCAGUCGAAGAAAGCGAGGAUGCUUGGCUUGUGCGAUCCGCGAGGCCGGUGCAUUGCAAUGGAAGGUUAUCAUUAGAGUGGAAUAA